CGACUGAAGCUGGAGUUCAAGUCUCACUUUGAAAGCCAUGAAGCAGUUCAUCUCGACGGUAGUAGGCGUGUUCCUGUUGGUGAUCGCAGCAACCUCCGCCCAGGAGGACUACUGCGAUCCGGACCUGUGUGAUCCGGGCGAGCCCCACGUGGGAUGUAACAACCCGAACGAACCGUCCAGGAAUUGUCCUCCCGGGGAUGACACGAAGAAGUUUGUGUUUACCGACGCCGAGAAGCAGCUGCUGGUGGAUUUGCAUAACGAAUACCGUAACAAGGUUGCUAAAGGUGAGCUGGAUUGGUUGCCAAAGGCGGCCAACAUGGUGGCCAUGUCCUGGGACGACGAUCUGGCGUACCUGGCGGAGCUCAACUCGAACCAGUGCGCGGCCAACCACGACAAAUGCCGCAACACGAAGAAGUAUCCGGACUCGGGCCAGAACAUCGACACGAUGAUUACGAAUGCAACGAGCGUGAAGACGGAGGACGCCAUUCGGGACCUGGUGCAGGGCUGGUGGGACGAGCGGCACGAGGCCAACGCCAAAAUGGUCAAGAAGAUGUACAAGCCGUCGCCGAACGUGAAGGUGCUGCACUUUACCAUGCUGACCCGGGACAUUGCGAAUCGCGUUGGUUGCGGCAUGGUUCAGUACAAGAAACAGGGCUGGAUCUGGAUCAACCUGGUGUGCAACUACUCGUACACGAACAUGCUGAAGACGCCGAUCUACGCCCAGGGUGAACCGUGCUCGCAGUGCACUUCCGGGUGUGACGCCAAGUUCGACGGGCUGUGCAACACCGACGAACCGGUUGAUCUGUCCUAGGUGGUCUGGAGGCGUGUUAAGGUAUUCCCCCGCGGGUCAUGAACCCGUUGUGCGCGAGAGAUAAUAAAUGCAAUUGGUUAGAAGUUA